AUGUCCAGAAAGUAUGUUAUUUUUGGUGGUGGACAUGCAGAGGGUAUAGUGCAAGAAUACUCGGAGGGCCUGCACUCUGGAGGUUUGUUCUUCUUCUGUAUGAUGAUUCUGAUAACCCUCUCGGUCAUACCAUUUGCAAUAUUUGCUUAUGGUACUUCAUCUCGCAACAAGAAAAGACAUGAAGCAGAUGGAGGCGGCGGGGAUGGUCCAGAUGGUGACGGUGGGGAUGGUGGCUGUGGAGAUGGUCAAGAUGGAGGCGGCGACCAUCACAUAGGUGGUGGACAUGAUGUAGGUGGUGCACAUCAUGGCGGCGGCGGGCAUCACCAUGUCGGCGCACAUCAUGGCGGCGGCGGACAUCACCAUGUAGGCGGUGGACAUCACGGGGGCGGUGUACAUCAUCAUGUAGGCGGUGGACAUCACGGGGGCGGUGGACAUCACCACAUGUAA